AGGGGCAGCCGGGGGAAAGUGAGCAGGGCUUGGAGAGAAGGAGGAAAAGAAGCGACAGCCAGCAGGCGCCGAGGCGACUUCUUCUUUUACAGACUCAUACACUCUAGGAGUGGACACUCGAGGAACCAGCGGAAGAACAAGAGCGCACACUUCACCAGCGCGCUGAAUUUGAGUUUUUCUUGGAAGGACUCGAAAUAAAAACACUGCCCUAGUGUGGAUGUGAAAAGCUUGCAAGGGGUUUUAACACAGAGCCGGAGGAGAUGUGUCCGACUUGGGCAGCGGUGCGCCAGCGUCUCUGGAGAUGUCCAGCCUGCGCGCUCUGGAUCAGCCUGCUCCUCCACGGCGUCCUGGAGCUGAGCGCGUCUGGGUCUGAGCUUGCACAGGACCCUAGUGUGCUGGCUGCCACUUCGUGGAACACCACAAAUGAUGGCUCUUUCUUCAUCCGUCUCGAAGCUCCCAUGAACAACAUAACCACCUCGCUGGGCCACACGGCCGACCUAGUGUGCCGCGUGUCUGGCAACCCGCUGCCGUCCGUGCGCUGGCUGAAGAACGACGCCCCCGUGGUGCCGGAGCCCCGCCGGGUCUCCUACCGCUCCAUGCCCUACGGGUCGCGCCUCCGCAUCCGCAACCUGGACACCACCGACACGGGCUACUUCCAGUGCGAGGCCACCAACAUCCAGGGCACCGUCUCCACAACCGGAGUGCUGUUCGUCAAGUUUGAUCCGCUCCCCACACCUCUGCCAGGAAGGCCCACCGAGGACUUUGAUGAGGAGGGAUUCUGCCAGCCGUACAGAGGAAUAGCCUGUGCACGCUUCAUCGGGAACCGCAGCAUCUUCGUCGACUCGCUGCAGAUGCAGGGGGAGAUCGAGACCCAGAUCACAGCCGCCUUCACCAUGAUCGGGACGUCCAACCACUUGUCCGACCGCUGCUCCCAGUUCGCCAUCCCUUCCCUCUGCCACUUUGCCUUCCCGACGUGUGACCGCACCUCGGGUACGGACAAACCCAGGGACCUUUGCAAGGACGAAUGUGAGAUCCUGGAGAACGACCUGUGCAAGACCGAGUACAUCAUCGCCCGCUCAAACCCCAUCAUACUGAAGAGACUGAAACUGCCCAACUGUGACGACCUGGCGGCGUUCGACAGCCCCGAGGCUGCUAACUGCUUACGCAUCGGGAUCCCCAUGGCGGAGCCCAUUAACAAGAAUCACAAGUGUUACAACAGCAGCGGCUCCGACUACCGAGGGACGGUCAGCGUGACCAAGUCUGGGCGCCAGUGCCAGCCCUGGAACUCCCAGUACCCUCACAGCCACACGUACCAGGCCGUCCGCUACGCAGAGCUGAACGGGGGCCACUCGUACUGCCGCAACCCGGGGAACAAGCACGACGCCCCCUGGUGUUUCACGCUGGACGAGGCGGUCCGCAUGGAGCUCUGUGACAUAGCCAUCUGCGACCACAAGGACUUGUCAGGCGGCGGGAACAUGGAGAUCUUGUACAUCCUGGUCCCCAGCGUGGCCAUCCCCUUGGCCAUUGCCUUGCUCUUCUUCUUCAUUUGCGUGUGCCGCAACAAUCAGAAGUCCUCCCGGCCUCCCGCCCCACGUCAGCCCAAACCGGUCCGGGGGCAAAACGUGGAGAUGUCCAUGCUGACAACGGCGUACAAACCAAAGAGCAAAGCCAAAGAGCUUCCCCUGUCAGCGGUGCGUUUCAUGGAGGAGCUCGGGGAGUGCGGCCUGGGGAAGAUCUACAAGGGUCACCUGUACCUGCCGGGCAUGGACCAGGCCCAGCUCGUCGCCAUCAAAACUAUGAAAGACGUUUCCAACAGUCAGCACUGGGCAGACUUCCAACAGGAGGUGGCCGUGCUGACCGAGCUGCAGCAUCCCAACGUGGUCUGCCUGCUCGGCGUCGUCACCCAGGAGCAGCCGGUCUGCAUGCUGUUCGAGUUUCUGCCGCAAGGCGAUCUCCACGAGUUCCUCAUCAUGCGCUCGCCGCACUCGGACGUCGGCUGCAGCAGUGACGAAGAUGGCACCGUGAAAUCCAGCUUGGAUCACGGCGACUUUCUGCACAUAGCCAUACAGGUGGCUGGAGGGAUGGAGUACUUGGCCAGCCACCACUACAACCACAAAGACCUGGCGGCGCGGAACGUCUUGGUCGGGGAGCACCUGCAUGUGAAGAUAUCUGACCUGGGUCUCUCCAGAGAGAUCUACUCCUCAGACUACUUCUGCAUCCAGCCCAAAACGCUGCUGCCCAUCCGCUGGAUGCCCCCCGAGGCCAUCGCCUACGGCAAGUUCAGCACCGACUCGGACAUCUGGUCGUUCGGCGUCGUCCUGUGGGAGCUGUUCAGCUACGGCCUGCAGCCUUACUACGGCUUCUCCAACCAGGAGGUGAUGGAGAUGGUGAGAAAGAGGCAGCUGCUGCCCUGCCCUGAGGACUGUCCGCCAAGGUUUUAUGGUUUGAUGACUGAAUGCUGGCAGGAGGCGCCGGCACGUCGGCCGCGCUUCAAGGACCUCCACAUCCGCCUGCGAGCCUGGGAGGGGCUGUCGUCCCACGCCAGCUCCAGCACGCCCUCUGGUGGAGGAGGCAACGCCACCACCCAGACCACUUCCCUCAGCGCCAGCCCCGUCAGCAACCUCAGCAACCCGCGCUACGCCACGGCCGCAGGGUACCUGUACCCCGCGCAGGCUCUCCCCCAGCCGGGGCAGAUGGCCACCAUCCCCACCUGGACGCCCAUGGCCGUGCCCCAAACCCACCAGCGCUUCAUCCCCGUCAACGGGUACCCCAUCCCGCCGGGGUACGCCGCUUUCCCGGCUCACUUCGCCGCCCCGGCUCCACCCACCCGGGUCAUGCAACACCACCUACCGCCGCCGAAGAGCCGCUCGCCCAGCAGCGCCAGCGGCUCCACCAGCACGGGUCACGUGAGCGGCGUCCCGUCCACCACGGGCUCCAACCACGAGGCCAACAUGCCGCUGCUGUCCCACUGCAUCAUUCCGGGGAGCGGCGGCGGGCCGGCUCAGAUUUACGGACAAGUUUCCCAGAAGGGAGUGGUGCAGCUGGAGCACCUCUCGCAGACAUCGGCGCUGCUCUCUCCUGACUCUGACGUACUGAUGUACAACGACCAAGUCAUCACCGCCGACCUGUAGGCGGACGCUCCGGACUCUUUCAGGGGAGGUUCAGCCGCUCGGCCGCUCGGCCGAGGAGCCGGUACCGGAGUUCUGCUGCGGUCCGACUCAAACAGGCUCGUCUGCACGCUCGAACGUGCAAGAGACACUGCUGCAGCUACAAAAGUAUUAGAACCAGCUGUCCGACUCCCUUACUGUUUAAAGCAAGUGUAUCAUGAUCUGAAAAUGUUAUUUUAACCUUUGUAAAUACGGUACUGUCCUUAAUUGUUAAGUCCUGAGUGAAUGAAUGAAAUACCUAGAUAUAUAUUCAAAAGUACUUUCUAUUAAGAUAAAAACAAUAAUAAUAAUAAAGUAGCCAGUGCACCAAAAGUAGCAAUCCCCCAAUGAACUGGUUUUCAUGCAGUUGUACCUCUCAGCAGUGCCAGGACUCCCUCCGUUACAGGCGUACUUACACAAAUAUAAAACCCAGGUGUCCCACUCUGCCCGCCGGACUCUGGAAGUGCACACGAGCGUGUUUGUUGGCACCGCGGCCAGACAGCUGAUCGCUGUGGGACGGCCGCCCAGCGGAGCAGCUGGAGCUUAGGUGGUUUCAGAUGGCCUGCAGGUGCUGCAGUGCUGGCAACGCCGUGCAGAGAUCUGGGGAGUGCAUCUUCAUUUUCACACAAAAAUCUUCCUGAAAAAGAGAGUUGAAUGUUUGUUUUUUUUAGGAGCAACCUCCUAAAGUGACGACCUGAGUCUUCUCCAACAUCUUCACCGCGUUCAAAUCUUCCUCCAAUCCUGUCUGAGCUCUUCUGAAUCGACAGCUCUCAGCAUCCGCAUCCGUUUUCCUGUUUCACUCCUUUUCUUUUGCAUCAGGUUUAGGAUCAGACCAAAGCUUUCACCAACCAAUGCAUCAAAAGACCAGUGAAAUCAUCCUCCAGAACCGGCCCAUUCUCUGGGCGAACAUGAGAUCUGGGCUCAGCUUACAUUUCAACUCUAACAAACUCUUAAGAAACUCUAUAAUUGAUGAUGGUUUUUACUGUGUUUUAUUUUGAAGGAAGAAUUUAAAAGAUCUUGUCCAUAAGUGUUUGUAUCCAUUUUUUUCUUCAAUCUGUAUCAUGUAAAAAAAAUCCCAUUUGAGAUACGAGGACUGAUUAUAGUAAAAGGGCUCAAACGCAUGAUGCUUA